UCGGUUUUCAAGGGUUUUUGUUUAGGGUUUUCCCUUUUUUUCCCCUAUCUAUUUAUCUAAUCCUCUGUUUCCCAAUACAGAGAAAAAACAAACCCUCAAAAUUGAGAGAGACCAAUUCGUGACAAUGGGUUCGUUGAAGGACGAUGGUCAAAGAAGAGACAUGGAGGAAGAAGAAGAAGAGUCAAAAGAGCCGCUCUUGAUGGCGCAGAACCAGAGGUUCACUAUGUUUCCCGUUAGGUACAAACCGAUUUGGGAGAUGUAUAAGAAGGCUGAGGCUAGUUUCUGGACUGCCGAAGAGGUUGAUCUUUCCACGGAUGUGCAACAAUGGGAAGCCUUGUCUGAUUCAGAGAAACAUUUUAUUAGCCAUGUUCUAGCGUUUUUCGCAGCAUCAGAUGGGAUUGUUUUGGAGAAUUUGGCUGCUAGAUUCUUGAAUGAUGUCCAAGUUCCAGAGGCUCGCGCUUUCUAUGGAUUUCAAAUCGCCAUGGAGAACAUUCAUUCGGAGAUGUACAGCUUACUUCUGGAGACAUAUAUUAAGGACCCAAAGGAGAAGGAUAGAUUGUUCAAUGCUAUUGAGACCAUUCCUUGUAUUUCCAAGAAGGCACAAUGGUGUUUAGAUUGGAUUCAAAGUCCUAUGUCAUUUGCUGUGAGGCUGGUUGCGUUUGCAUGCGUGGAAGGAAUAUUCUUCUCAGGAAGCUUCUGUGCCAUCUUCUGGCUUAAGAAGAGGGGUCUUAUGCCGGGUUUGACAUUCUCAAACGAGCUUAUAUCGAGAGAUGAGGGGCUCCACUGUGACUUUGCUUGUCUCUUGUACAGUUUGCUGCAGAAGCAGCUUCCAUUGGAGAAAAUUUAUCAGAUUGUUCAUGAGGCAGUGGAAAUUGAGACAGAGUUUGUCUGCAAGGCUCUUCCAUGUGAUCUGAUCGGAAUGAACUCGAACCUCAUGAGUCAGUACAUACAAUUUGUCGCAGACCGUCUUCUGGUUACCUUGGGAUGUGAAAGGAGAUACAAAGCAGAAAAUCCAUUUGACUGGAUGGAGUUCAUAUCUCUGCAAGGGAAGACAAACUUCUUUGAGAAGAGAGUGGGAGAGUAUCAGAAAGCAUCGGUUAUGUCGAACAUCGAAAAUGGAAGUAAGAACUACGAAUUCACUACUGAAGAAGACUUUUGAAUGAAUCAGUCAUUCAAAUCUGGAAGAGCUCAUCGAGAUAGAUUCUUUAUGACUCACUUCUCAUUCUUUUUAGCCCAAAACCAGAUUAGUAGUAGUAUUAGUAAUAGUAGUAGCAAUAGAAGAGGCCAUAUUCACAUUUGUUACAUUUCACUUAGCAAUAAAUGUUAUGGUCUCUAUUUCACCAUCACUUGUGUCUCCUCUAUUGUAUAAUAUUAAUACCAUCUUAGUUAAUCUAA